AUGGACGCGGUGCGCUUUUCAAUCAUAGAGAAGGAGAUGCGAUGGGAGGACGAGUACCGCAUGUACUACCAGGAGGAGGAUGAGAUGAGCGAACCAACCGACAGUGCUGGCCGGUUCCGGUUGAGCAUCUCGAGCGAAAGCGACGUCGGUGGUGUUGAAAUCUCAUCCCCAAAUCAACCGCACGACUUUGGCACUGGUCGGGAGGGUCAAGAAGAGAUCUGGGCGUACGAAGAGAUCGAGAGUGGCCUAAAAGCGUUACCAGAAGGCGAGCGAGUUGCAGAACUGCUCACGGCAAGCGUCGUAUCACCCAACGAUGUGUUGCGGGAUUACUCAAAUCAACCCAACACCGUACUGUUGUUGGCGGUUUGGUACAGCAAGCACGAUCUACUCCGGAUGGUGUUGUUGCAAGAGAGCUCAACAGCUGCUGCACGUGAUCCUUCCGGCCGGACGGCACUACAUCUGGCGUGUUACAUCGGUGACUAUAAAGCGACGGAACUGCUGCUUCAGCAUGGUGCACCUGCACAGUGUUGGGAUCGAGAUAAAGCAACCACUCCGUUGCAUUGCGCCGCCAGCUGCGGCAGUCUGGAGUGUGUGACGUUGCUGCUAGCACAGCAAGUUGAUAUCAACGCCGGCAUCGAGAAGCAUUCGGCACUACAUUAUGCGGUUAUGCGCAACAGCAAGCGAUGUGUCGAGUACUUACUGACGCAUGGUGCCAACCCGAACACCCCGCAGGUGUACACGCAAACUCCUCUGCAUGUGGCCGCAGCUCUCGGUUACACCGAAUGCACGGAGCUGCUACUGGCACAUGGAGCCGAUGCUCGGUCUCAGUAUGGUCAGAAGAAGAUCACCGCUUUACAUCUGGCGGCUUCCGAGAACUAUCUCGAUUGUGUGCGGCUGCUGGUGACGGCUGGUGCCAACAUUGACGCGCGUAAUCGUGACCAGCAGACUCCGCUGCAUCUGGCGUGUCUUUCCCAGUGCCACGAAACGGUGACGUAUUUAAUCGGGCAACGUGCGGAUGUGCACGCGGUGUAUCGGGAUGGUCGAACGGCGCUGCACGCGUCCAUCGUGAAGGAGUCACGGUUUUGGGACUGUACGGUGAGUUUGCUUAAAGCGAAGGUUGAUGUGAACCGGGCGGAUAAUUUUGGCUACACGCCGUUACACAUCGCGGCGUUGAACGAAUUCAGCACGUGCGUGUACAUGCUGAUUGAGUACGGUGCUGAUAUCACAGCUCGCACGAAUGGUGGCGUAUCGGCGCUGUCGUUCAUCAUCCGGCGUACGCCGGAAAUUAUACCACGCUACAUCGACAAGCUGGAUGCGGCAAUCAGCGUCAACAGCAUCCAUGAGAUCGGUGAUGUUGACUGCGAGAUUCGGCUCGACUUCCGGUUGCUGGUACCGAACAACGAUCGUGGUGAAACGGAGCUGCUGCUCGCGUUUAUUGAGGUCGGUCAAAAGCGUAUCCUUAAGCACCCGCUUUGUGAGACGUUUUUGUUGCUAAAAUGGCGCCGUAUCCGGAAGUUCUUCAUCUUUAGCUUGUUCUAUCACGGGUUGUUCGUGUUGCUGUUCACCGUGUACGUGCUGGGGGUGUACGUGCAGGAUUGCCGAGCGGAACGGUGUCCUACCCCGUCGUACGUGCCCGCUGUCGGGUAUAUCAUCAUCCUCUUCAAUCUGCUGCUGAUGACGAAAGAGCUCUUCCAGAUGAUGCACGGGUUUGUCAGCUACGUCCGGUACUGGGAGAAUUGGCUGCAAUGGAGCAUCGUUAUUGGGAUUUUUCUCUGCACGCACAACGCCAUCAGCGACGCCAGUGAUGUCAUGAACUGGCAGCAUCAUGUCGCCGCGAUCGUCAUCUUCCUUGCCUGGCUCGAGCUGAUGAUGUUGGUCGGUCGCUUUCCCAUCUUCGGGUUGUACGUACAAAUGUUCACCACAGUCGCGGUGAACUUCUCCAAAUUUCUCAUGGCUUACUGCUGCCUGUUGGUGGCAUUUGGGCUCAGCUUUUGUGUGCUUUUCCCGCACUAUAUCGCGUUCAAGGCGAUCCCACGGUCGCUGCUAAAAACCAUCAUCAUGAUGGCGGGCGAGCUCGAGUUUGAGGACAUCUUUUACGGUGAAAACCUGAAGAUUGAGUACCCAGCGACGGCGCACGGUAUGUUUCUCGCCUUCGUGCUGCUGGUGACGGUGAUACUGACGAACCUGCUGGUCGGUCUGGCCGUUAGCGACAUCCAGGGCCUGCAGCAGUCGGCUGGGCUGGACCGGUUGUCACGCCAGGCCGAGCUGAUAUCGCGCCUCGAGCGGUUGAUGUUCUCGCGAACCUUACGCAAGGCACCGCUACACAUUUGGGCGUUGUUUCAGAAAAUCGCGCUGCUCAAAACAUCCCGCUGUCGGUUGCACUUCCGCGUCAAGCCGAACGAUCCGCGGGAGAAACGGAUCCCACGUGAGCUCAUCACCUCCAUCUACAAGCUGGUGGCCGAGCGACGCGAACGUAAUCAAUCGAUACGGCGACGGCGCGUCUGGCAAAACAUGCAGACGUUCAACAACCUGAUGUGUGAGGACGAUGAUGGUGUCACGCUACGCCGGAAGCACCCUCGGACGGUUAAAAAAAGGCGCCCCAACACGGAACACUCGUUCGGAGGCGGAUCGCGCCCCGAAACGAUGGUAAUCGGAGCCGCCGAACGCAAGGGUCAGCUAAAGGUGGUCGAAGAAACCCAGCAAGCCAUCCUAAAGCGGCUGGAUGACCUCGGAAAGGAGCUCGACAUUAUCAAGAGUAGAAUAAAGACGUUCUAG